AUGUCGGAACCGAGCCAGGAAGACAGGGAUGCAGGCCCGAGCAGUAGCAUAGCUGCACCCAGCCCUCACGUCCAAGCAACCAUCCUAGAACAAGACGAGCAGCAGGAGCAGGAACAGGAGCAGGAACAGGAACAGGUACAGGAACAGGAACAGGAACAGGAGCACGAGCAAGUAGAGCACCAACAACCGUCAAUCAUCAACUCGCAUCCCGAAUCCUCUCUCUCUUCCCCAUCCAAGAGACGAGGCGUCAGCUUCUCUUUGCACGAACCUCAUGACAGCAUAGUUGAAGAGCCGCAUCAAACUGACACUGAUACCGCACCGACGGUCGAAGACAGUCCAACUCAACAGCGUAUCCCCGCCGCAGGCUUGGGCACCCGCACACAGCCGCGGCGCGCACCUCGCUCCAGCUCCUCUCUUCGCCAUGUCACCACCACACGCACACGCACCACCAGCCUUUCCCAGCCUUUACCAGAAGAUCGUGAUCUCUCCAACGACCCCAACUAUUUUGACCAUCCCACCACCAGCCUCGUCGCCCGUCAAGUCAACGUCGAGAAGCGCAGAGCUGAGCGUCAGCGCCGACAAGAUGCUGCCCUUCUUGCCGAUUCCGAUGACGACCAAGACGAUGACGACGACCUUUAUGCUAGCAACAGCAGCGCAGACGAGGCAGUGGAAGCGCGAAGGAGACGCAACGCACAAGCCGCUGCGUCAACAGAUGAGUACGACUACUUUUCGCGCAGCGGUAGCUCGUACGACCAGGCAAAAGCAAAGGCAUCCAUACCUCCUCCUUCCAAUCGAGCAACGCUCAAUUGGUCCAGCGCGAGCGCAAGCGAAGAUAGCGACGAUUGGGACGGUGAGCCGUGCUUACAGCUCGCUACAGCUAGCUCCCUUGUGGAACGUGCGCUAGGUCCACCUCUCGACCCAACCGCUCUCCCGGUCGAUUCCGGCGCUGGUAUCACUGCAACCCCUGGCCCCAGCUUCCCCCUCGAUCUUCACACCCCGGCCGAUCCCAACGAGCACGAAACACCCAUCCUUAAUCCUCAACACCGCAUGGAGUGGCAGAGCAUGCUUGGUUCCGUCCUCAAUUCCGAAGUUCUCAAGUCAGAAACAAAACGAAUCAAUUCCGUCGACACACCCGAUCUUUCGCGUCAGGAGCUCAGCUAUCAGCGCUGGCUCGACAUCAAAGCAACCCUCCGAGGUCGUGGCAUGCACCGAGACGCCACCGACGAAGAAGAAAAACGUCUCAAGGAAGGCUUUGGCAAGAUGCUCAAGGACCUUGUCCAAGAAAUCCGAGAUUGUCGUUCCCACCACAUCGCACUCGCAGAUGGCUCCAGUCUCCACGCUUCCUCUGCUUCCCCCGUCACUACCCCUUCCGAAUCGGCGCAAGUAGCAAGCCCGGAACGAGACCCUUCAGCGCAAGACGCCUCCAGAGGUUUCGAGCCCGAGAAAGCUGACUCAGAUGCAGAAGCGGCAGUUCUAGCCGAAAAGAACAAGGUACUCGCUGAGAUCGGCCAGCUUCUUGAACGAAUCGACAGUGCAGAGGAGCAAUUUCCGUCCACGAAGCGCGCGAUCGAGAUCGUUCCCGAAUGGGGUGAUGCAGACGUACAAGCCAAGCUCGCCGCAAUUUACAGCUGGUACAACACCACCACUUCGCUGCGCCUCCAAAUCAGCAUUCUCCGCAAAUGGACGGGUUCCGAGUCCCUUGAACUUACUUCACAUAACGCUAGAGACUAUGACACCCAGCUCAAAAAAGGCGAGUCGCAAAGCCACAAUCAUCGAGACCAGCAAAGCACCGCUCGAGCCGCUGCCGAUGACGAUAGUACCUUUGUCGAGAGGAUCCAAAAGGAGGGCUCGCUCCAGUCGACCUUCGAGAAGCGCACUCUUGCCAGUCUCUAUCAGCUCAUCACAAAAGCCAAAGAGACCAUCUUGAAGUACCACAAGGAGUUCAAGCGUAUGGCGCUGCCCCCUUUCGAGCCAGAGCUUAUCACGCUCAUAAGCUUCCCCACGCGCCUCAUGCAGGGUGCCCUCCGAUUGCGUCUCGAUUACGCCGGCAAACUCGCCGAGCCAAGCGUUCUGAUCGUAGAUUCGCUUACCGACGACCUCAGAACCGCACUUGCCAUGGCGUGCAGAGUCAAGCUCCACUAUACCAGCAUCAUCGUCGCUGACCCCGAGCGUGGCUGGGAUCUAAGCCCGUGCAUCGCUGAGGGCUACGACGACGUGCUGCGUAGCGCGCUCAAGUUUUUCUUCAAGCUGUUGCGCCUCAAGCUCAAGGCUAGUGUCUACUUUAAGGAAACCGAGAUUCUGGAACCCGAAUGGCGCUUUCUCAGCACAGCCGUAGAGUCGAUCGAGGGUGGUGACAUCAUCGUCGCCAUCAACAUUACGCGUUUCGUUAACAAACUCUUUGAUCGUAUCGCCCGCUACUUCAACCGCGAACUGACAGCAACCAUAGCCCAUCAAGACCCGCACGCAAGACGGCUACCCAACCCGGCAUCUGGUCCUGUGGGCCUCGCAAAGUCCGAUCCGCCACCUACCGCUGGCCGCGCUGGUCAGGAAAAGAAUUUCAUUACGCUCGAGGACCGUGCCAAAUGGAUCCACAGCGUCUUUGACAAUGUGCGAAUUCGUUCUCGUAAGCUGCUCGGCUUCGCAAGAGACAUUCGAAAUCGGCUCGACAACGCAGCCGAGUACGACCUUGGCAACCUUCGACCCUCGUCCGACUAUCUCGACGCGGACGACCGAUCCGUCGCUGAAUAUAGCGAUGUAGCCAACAAUGGAGGCAUGUCUCUCAGCUCCUUCAUGCAAACGCUCAUCGAUCACGACUAUUUUCUCGUCUACACUGAGGCGCUCGAGGAGAACGGCAUCUACCUUGUCGCAGAGCCUAGCCUGCAGGACAAACCAGAUCUGAUUCAGGAGCUCGUGUGCAAGUGUCUACAUCGCGUACGACCAGGCGAAGAAGGCUCGGCCAUGGCUGCAGAAGCGACAACCACCGCACUCAAUGCCGAGGGCGACGACGGCGACGACGCGACCGGCAUAGCUGGCGUCGGCAACGCCAACACGCUCCGAGAGCAAAUCGAAAAGCAGCCAGGAGCAAAUGCCAGCACCGUCGGCGCCAAUGCACCGGGGACUGGUGACGACGCUGAUGACGAUCGUCCUCGGUACAUCCUGCUUCUCAGUCCACGUGAUCCAUUCAUGUGGACUGGCAAGGUGAUGCAUCAUAUCAUGCCUCGUGUCGACAUUGCACUUGCCGACCGCCGCGUCCGACUCAUCGCUGAUGGCGCCAAAGGACGUCUCGAGCUGGCCAAACGACAUUUUCAACGUAUUUUUGACAACACUGGCAACGGCGAAGACGUUGACGAUGGAAGCGAAGAUGGACAAGCCGGCUUCCCACUCGAGACGCUCAACGACCAGAUGGCGCACAUGAGUCGCGUCCAGUCCGGCCUUGAAGAGAUCAACAAGGGCGUCUACAUGCUUUCUGACACCAUUAUCCGCAAGGUACCCGAGAUCCGUCGCCGUCUUCGUGGUCUGGGCGUGCGCGCACGUGGACAAAGCGGCACUCCUCGAUCGACCACGACCGAUACGGCAGCGGGAGCUUUCGGCGUGAGCUGUGACGAGCUGAUUCAGAAUUGCUACUCGAUGGCGGCUGAACACGGUCGUCGUGCACUGCCCUUCAUCGAGUCGGCUCGUCUUCGAGAUCAGAUGACGCUGGCGCUCGGUCGACUUGCGAUCGACUGGAUUGCCUUUAUCUGCGACGAUUGCGUGCCGAGCGAGCGAAAAACGUUCAAGUGGGCCGUCACUGCGCUCGGCAACGCGAACCACAUCACGUCGAAUGAAAACAUCUUCCGGCUUAACGAGCAAGACUUUGCCCUGCUUCGCGCCAAGGUCGCGUCGUGUAUGGCGCUCUUGAUCUCGCACUUUGAUAUUCUCGGAGCUAGAAGCAGUGUCGCCAAGGCGCAGGAAGAACAGGAGCGACUUGAACGCGAGAAGGCCGAACGCAACCGCAUCACGAUCGGAGGUACCGACGCCGUGCAGAACGUCUCGGAGGACUUCCAGCACUUGCGAGUGCAAAGCAACGGUGAUUCUGCUUCACUGCUGGAAAGGACAAAGCCGGCAUUGGUUGGUCCAGGCAUCGGCGCUCAGAACUUGUUCAACAAGCUCGACACAGCUAUGCAGUCUACUGAGGAGCGCUGGAUUUCCAAGGUGCUCGAAUGGGAUGCUGCUAGACACGAACUGGAUCUCGAGCAGCGCCUGAUCGGACGUGUGCUCGAUGACACGCGGCUCGAGGACCGCAACUUGCAGUUUCUCGCUCAAUCGGCGUCCAAGAUCACCAUCCGCUGGCAGCAGGGUCAGUUCAUUGGCGGAGGUACGUUUGGUACUGUGUACUUGGCCGUCAACCUCGACAGUGGUGGUCUCAUGGCCGUCAAAGAGAUCCGCUUCCAAGACAUUUCGUCCACGCCCAGCCUUUACCAGCAGAUCAAGGAUGAGAUGGAGGUCAUGUCGAUGCUGAGCCAUCCGAAUAUUGUCGAGUACUACGGCAUCGAGGUGCAUCGCGAUCGAGUCUACAUCUUCGAAGAGUACUGUCAGGGAGGAUCGCUAGCAGCGCUGCUUGAACACGGCAGGAUCGAAGACGAGACAGUGAUUCAGGUGUAUACGCUACAAAUGCUGGAAGGGCUCAUCUAUCUGCAUUCGCAGGGAAUCAUUCACCGCGACAUCAAGCCGGACAACAUCCUGUUGGAUCACAUGGGUGUACUCAAAUAUGUGGAUUUCGGCGCGGCCAAGAUCUUGGCCAAGAACAGCCGCACGAUCCAGCGCUCUCGCAAGACGGGUGGACUGGGCAACAUUGGGAUGGUGGCGCAAGGCAUGGAAGGCGGCAAGCAAGGUGGCCCUGCAGGAGCCAUGGCGAGCUUGCAAGGAACGCCCAUGUACAUGUCGCCCGAGGUGAUCAAGGGGACACCGGAUGUGCCACACGCGGCUGCCGACAUUUGGUCUCUCGGCUGCGUCGUUCUGGAAUUCGCAACAGGCAAACGACCGUGGAGCAACUUUGACAAUGAAUGGGCAAUUAUGUUCCACAUUGGAAUGGCAGAGCAGCAUCCGGCUCUGCCAGAUGCAAACCAACUCUCGCCGAUGGGUAUCGAGUUUAUUCGACAGUGUUUGACCAUCAAUGCGCGACAAAGGCCUACGGCGGCACAGUUGAAGGAGGACCCUUGGAUGCGCAGUCUGAUCGAGGAGCUGGAUGCAGCCAACGAGGCCGAGGCUGCGGCCGAGUUGGCGGGUGUCUCACCAGCGGGUGAUGUGUAUGAUGGCCUAGAUAGCAGUUCGAGCGGGUCGAGUGUGACCAACUCUCUAGAUGGCGUCCAUGGCGUGGCGGGUGGAGACCAGGCGCUGUUCAAGAGUCUGGACCGGAAUGUGUCGAGCUUGAACAGUGCAAGGAGCAGGUGGAGUAGCGAAGCGGGUGCUCGGACGAGCUCGAGCGGAACGAGUAUGACGACACUUUACAAUCCCAGCAUGAGCCUAAAAGCUAGCCUUGGGUUUCGUCAGCAGCAACAGAUGCGCGAACAACAGCUGCAGCAACCGCCAAAGUCGCACCAAGAGCUUGGUGAGCGCGACGAGUGCGAGACGCGCCCAGAGCAGCCUAUGCACGUGGAUCAGAACUCGGACGCCGACCAUAGACCACUGCACGUCCCAGGUCAUCCGAACCACUCGCAUCCCGGCUCCUCCGCCAUCGUCGCCGACCUGCAGUACCACAAGGAAAACGUCCAACGCCAGGCAAUGCUCCGACACGAUUCCAGUCUAAGCACUCUUCCUGACGAGUCGUAA